AUGUGUGCUGAUACGAAUAAUAGUAUAGAAAAUGAGGAAGGUGAUGACAAUGAUGAAGAAGCCGAGGAAUAUGAACCAGUAUUUAAAUUUUGUCCAAUUACAAAUUCAUCUGAAUUUCGAGAAAAUAAGAAUAAUACGAAAAAUGCACCAGCUGAGUUUAGUUGUAUGGCUGUACAUGCAAGAUUUAUUGUUGUUGGAAAAACAACAGGAGAAAUUAUAAUAAUGGAUCAUAUGGGACAUACUAUACCACAAUAUCAAAUUAAAGCGCAUACAUAUCCAGUAAAUGCAAUAUCGAUUGAUGAUAAUGGAGAUUAUAUUGGCAGUUGUUGUCAAGAAGGAAAAGUUAAAAUAUCUGGUUUAUUUAGUAAAAACGAAGAUCAAUUACAUACAUUUCCUCGUCCUAUCAAAGCUGUUUGUCUUGAUCCAAAUUUUUCGAAAUCAAAACAAUAUAUAACAGGUGAUACAACUCUUAUUCUUAAUGAAAGAGGUACAUUUCGACAUAAAGAAACCAAAUUAAUCGAUUUUCAAGGUGGACUCAUUCAUACACUUCGCUGGAAAGAAACAUUAAUUGCUGCUGCCAAUGACAAAGGUGUUGGUGUUUAUGAUUUACGUGCACGUCGAUUAGUUGGAUUUCUUGAAUCUACUGAUACUAAUACAGAUGUUCCACGUGGAAUUUUUCCAAGUCGAAUAUCAUGGAAUGAUUCAACAACAUUAGUAAUUGCAUGGGCGAGUACUGUUAAAGUUAUUACUAUUACAAAUGAUACGAUGUAUGAUCAUCAAUCAUCUAUACCUAGAAAAAGCAUAAAUAUAGCUGCAUCAUUCAAACUCGAAUUUUUCGUAUGUGGUUUAACAUCGAUUAAUCGUGAUUUAGUUUUUCUUAGUAUUGAAAAUUUCACUAUUUCUGAUGGUACAUCGGAAUUGUCGUUAACAAUUUUAUCACCAAGUGGUAAAGAAUAUGAAGAAAAAGCACAUGAUCCAUUUAGCAUGCAAGGUGAUCAACAAACAUCACCAUUUCAAUUUCAACUUGAAUAUUUACCAGAUGAACAAUGUUUUUUUAUUUUAAAUCCAUAUUCAAUUAGUAAAGCUGAACGUCGAGAUUAUGAUGAUCAUAUUGAUUUUUUAAUAAAAAAACAAAAAUUUGAUGAAGCAAUACAAGCUUUUGAAAAACCACCUACACGUAUUGAUGCUAAACCAAAACGACAUACUCAACAAAGUGUCUACCUAGCGUAUGUAACAUCAUUGAUGGGAAAUAAAGAAAUUGAAAAAGCUGUGAAAUUAUUUCCACUUGUUUAUAAAACAGCAGAAGAAUGGGAAGAACAAAUUCUUCUAUUUAUUGAACGGGACCAACUUGAUAUGCUAACGCCUUAUAUUCCAACAGAUGCACCUAAACUUCAUGCACCUGUUUAUCAAAAAAUACUUGAAACAUAUUUGCAAAAAAAGAAAUAUGACAAAUUAAAAGAAUUAUUAACAAAAUGGCCAUCAGAUAUUUAUGAUUUAAGUGUAAUUGAUCAAUCAAUUAUUCUACAGACAAAUAGUGAAAAGACACCUCAAGCAUUACUUGAAUGCUCAGCAAUUAUAGCAGAAAAACGAGGCGAUAUAUCCAAAACACUCACUAUUUUUUUAAAAAUGCAAAAUAUUCAAGUAUUUCAAUUAAUUGAACGAAAACAACUUUAUGAAAAAAUUCUUCCAAAUAUUCAAACACUCAUGGCAAUUAAUCAAAAUUAUCUUGAUGCAGUAUUUUCGAGAAAGCCUGAUGAUACUCGUGAUUUUCAUACACGUCAAGUAUCACUUUAUGCUGAAUAUGAACCUACAAAAUUAAUGGGAUUUUUACGUAAAGCUGGCAAUUAUAAUAUACAAGAAGCAUUAAGUAUUUGUGAAAAAAAAAGAUUACCACGUGAAACAGUUUUUCUAUGUGGACGAUCGGGCAAUGGACGUGUUGCUUUACAAAUUAUUCUUAAUGAAUUAAAUGAUAUCGAAGAAGCUAUUCAAUUUUGUCGUGAAACAGGUGAUAAGAAAUUAUGGGAUACAUUAAUUGAACAAUCUAUAAAUAGACCAGAUUUUAUUCGAGGUCUAUUAAAUCAUGCUGGUGGUGAUAUUGAUUUACAAGAAUUGAUUGAUAAAGUUAAAAAUGAUUUACGAAUUCCCGGUUUACGUGAUUCGUUAUGUAAAAUAAUGCAAGAUUAUAAUAUUCAGAUGUCCAUAUCGGAAUGUUGCCGAAAGAUAAUUGUCCAUGAUUGUUUAGCAUUACGAAAACAGACAGUAACAUUACUACAAGGUGGUUAUCCAGUCAAAGAUUCUGAUCUAUGUGCUAAAUGUCAUAAUCCUGUAUACAGUUGUGACCUUCUAACGAAUCCUCCCAUAUCUGUCUUCUUUUGUUUACAUGUCUUUCAUGCAAAAUGUAUUGAAACAAAUCCAGAUGUAUGUGGUGUCUGUUCAACAAAUGCUCUAUUUACUACAGCUUAG